CCACCAUUGUGGUAUGAGACUCUUAUUAAUAUUAGAGAAAUGAGGAAGAAUUUUGAUGCACCUGUCGACUCUAUGGGUUGUGAUGUUAUCAGUGACCAUAAAGCUGAACCAAAGGUGUUUAGAUAUCAAGUGUUACUUUCUCUCAUGUUAUCUAGCCAGACUAAAGAUCAGAUAACUUCAGCAGCUAUUGGUAGACUCAGACAACAUGGCUGUAGUGUAGAAAAUAUUUUACAAACAUCAGAUCAAAAACUUGGUGAAUUAAUAUAUCCUGUUGGUUUUUGGAAGAAAAAGAUAGUGUUUAUAAAAAAGACAAGUGAAAUAUUAAGAGAUGAAUAUAACUGCGAUAUACCAAAUACUGUGAAAGAUCUAUGUAGUUUACCAGGUGUGGGACCCAAAAUGGCCCACUUAGUCAUGAACUGUGCUUGGAAUACUUUAACUGGAAUAGGUGUAGAUACUCACGUACAUAGAAUCUCAAACAGGUUGCAGUGGGUUCGUAAAACAACCAAUCAACCAGAAGAAACAAGGAAGGCUCUAGAAGACUGGUUACCAAGAGAAUUAUGGAGAGAGGCGAACCACUUACUAGUUGGAUUUGGUCAAACUAUUUGUUUACCUGUUACACCAAGAUGUGCUGAAUGUUUAAAUCAAAAUAUUUGUCCAAGUGCGUUUAAAAAAUCGCCUAAAAAGACCAAG